CUCCCGAGGGCCGGUUUGGUUGCGCAGGGUGGGUGGUUGCGGGGCUGCAGCGUCGAGUGACUGAGCCGAGCCCGGAGCCGCGUCCCCCGCCCGGCGGCCCCGCCCCGCCCCGCCCCGGCCCGGCCCGGCCCCGCCAUGGAGUCCUACGACAUCAUCGCCAACCAGCCCGUGGUCAUCGACAACGGUUCCGGGGUUGUCAAGGCUGGCUUUGCUGGUGACCAGAUCCCGAAAUACUGCUUCCCGAACUAUGUGGGGCGCCCAAAGCACGUCCGGGUCAUGGCGGGGGCGCUGGAGGGGGAUCUCUUCAUCGGCCCCAAAGCAGAGGAGCACCGGGGCCUGCUGUCCAUCCGCUACCCCAUGGAGCACGGCAUCGUCCGGGACUGGAACGACAUGGAGAGGAUCUGGCAGUACGUGUACUCCAAAGACCAGCUGCAGACCUUCUCCGAGGAGCACCCGGUUCUCCUGACGGAAGCCCCCCUAAACCCCUGCAAGAACCGCGAGAAGGCGGCUGAGGUUUUCUUCGAGACCUUCAACGUUCCAGCGCUUUUCAUCUCCAUGCAGGCCGUCCUCAGCCUCUACGCCACCGGCCGCACGACGGGGGUGGUGCUGGACGCGGGGGACGGCGUCACGCACGCGGUGCCCAUCUACGAGGGCUUCGCCAUGCCGCACUCCAUCAUGCGGGUGGACGUGGCCGGGCGGGACGUCUCGCGCUACCUCCGCCUGCUGCUGCGCAAGGAGGGCUACGACUUCCACACCUCGGCCGAGUUCGAGGUGGUCAAGAUGAUAAAGGAGCGGGCCUGCUACCUGUCCAUUAACCCCCAGAAGGACGAGGCGCUGGAGACGGAGAAGGUGCACUAUAGCCUGCCAGACGGGAGCACGCUGGAGGUGGGCCCGGCCCGCUUCCGAGCCCCUGAGCUGCUCUUCCAGCCAGACCUGGUGGGGGACGAGAGUGAAGGGAUCCAUGAGGUCCUGGCCUUUGCCAUCCAGAAAUCCGACCUGGACCUGCGGCGGACACUCUUCGCCAACAUCGUGCUGUCCGGCGGCUCCACGCUCUUCAAAGGGUUUGGGGACCGGCUGCUCAGCGAGGUGAAGAAACUCGCCCCAAAAGAUGUCAAAAUUAAGAUCUCUGCCCCGCAGGAGCGGCUGUACUCCACGUGGAUCGGCGGCUCCAUCCUGGCCUCGCUGGACACCUUCAAGAAGAUGUGGGUGUCCAAGAAGGAGUACGAGGAGGACGGGGCACGGGCCAUCCACCGCAAGACGUUCUAGGGUGCGGGGCCAGCGGGCAGCUGGUGGGUGGGGGCGUGUCCUCCCGUUACCCCUUUCCAAUCCAGGGCUGCUAGCACCAGCCCCGCUCCCGGGGCCUCGUCAGCCCCCUCGCUCCCCCCUUCAGCUGGACCCCUCCGAGCCGCUCAUCUAUGCGCACACGGCCCCCAGGGCCUUGAUCCCUGCUGCCCUGGCCGCACCUGCACCUGUGGGGAGGCUGGCAGCCUCAGCCCUCGACCCCUUGGGGCCUUCAGAGCCCCUGUGGCCGGGGGCUUUGUGUGAUGGGGCCAGAGUGCCCUAGCCUGCUUAGUGAUCGUUGGAAGCCCAGCCAGGGCAUCUGGGGGCAGCGACCCCAUGGGAGCUGGGCUUCGGCCUGAGGGUAGAUGGGGCUCCUAGUUCUAGCCCUAGGAGAGCCUGCUGGGGCACAUGGAUCCAGCACCCCCUGGCUGCCCUCAGCCCCUGCUGCUGAGGAGGGGUGGGAGCCACCCCCAGAGGCCUGGAGCAAAGCCCUGGUGCCACAAGGAUGGGUGGGCUCGGCCCACCCUGUUCCGGGCCGUGCUGGGGCCAAGCUCCUUCCAAUGGGGGCAGAUUCCUCCCGCUGUGGAGGCGAGCUGGGGUGCGGCUGGCUCUGGCCCAGGCAGGGCUGUGGCUGCCGGCCCCGGCUGCAGCCUUGGAGUCACAGCCCCUAGCUCGCCAGAGCCGUGUGAUCAAAGCCUGGAGAGCAGCCGCCUCGUGGUGCUACACUAGCCCCCGGCAUUAGCCACACCACAGCCGCUGGUAGCCAUGGCCCCUUGCCUUGUGCCUGGAGGGGGUCUCUGGGGCCCUGGGGGCAGGGCAGUGGCGUGCCUGGCCCUGUGGGGCAAGUACCAACCCUGGAUUGGAAAGGGGUGAACCCCUGAACUUUUCCUAAAGGGCAGCAACUCAAUCACCUGCCCCAGUGCGAGGUGAGGGGCUGUGGGGCGCCUGGCGGGGCAGAGCUCAGCUCUCUUGCCCCGGGCUAGUGGCCUGUGUCUGGAUCUCAGCUUCUCCCGGUACCUCCCUGCUGAGCGGCUGCUGGUGCCCCGGACCCCCUGGAGGCCCCUGCCCACGCCCGGCUGCAAUGUACAAAACUGAACACAGUUGCCUGUAUUUUUUUUUGUAAAUUCAUUAUAGUAAUAAUUAUAAAUUAA